GAUCUCCACCUCCUUUUGUAUAUUAAAGACUGAAGUGUUUCGGUCUAUCUUUCCUUUCCACAAAGUCGCUUACUUACGAGAUGAUAGUCUCGUUGAGAGAAGUUUUGAGCUUCUUAGUGGUAGUUCUUGCUCUCGGUGCUUCUGUAGCUGCAAAUGGUGUAGUAAGAGAAAAGUUUGAUCGGUAUGAGACUGAUCAGUAUGGUUACUCGCCUCCUCCUACUCCACCGACAUACGGUGUCCCAACGGUGCCGCCACCGAGCCCGCCUAUACGGGCACCGCCGGUGACAACACCUCCUACAUCACCACCACCAACACCGACAUAUAGUCCUCCAAUUUCACCACCACCUCGAUCUCCUCCCAUAAGGCCACCACCAAUACAACGACCUCCGACACCGACGUAUAGUCCUCCGACUUCACCACCACCUCAUUCACCUCCGAUAAGACCACCACCGGUACAAAGACCACCAACACCAACUUACAGUCCUCCGACUUACCCACCACCCCGGUCUCCUCCAAUAAGACCACCACCAAUAUAUAGUCCACCUAUAAGGCCACCACCGGUACAAAGACCUCCGACACCAACCUAUAGACCUCCAUCUUCACCACCACCCCGUUCACCUCCGAUACGACCACCACCGGUACAAAGACCACCAACACCAAUUUAUAGUCCUCCAACUUACCCACCACCUCAGUCUCCUCCAAUAAAACCACCACCAAUAUAUAGUCCACCUAUAAGGCCACCACCGAUACAAAGACCUCCAACACCAACCUAUAGACCUCCAUCUUCACCACCACCCCGUUCUCCUCCGAUACGACCACCACCGGUACAACGACCACCAACACCAACUUAUAGUCCCCCGACUUCCCCACCACCACAUUCUCCUCCGAUAAGACCACCACCGGUACAACGACCACCAACACCAACUUACAGUCCUCCGACUUCACCACCACCACAUUCACCUCCAAUAAGACCACCACCAACUUAUAGUCCACCUGUAAGGCCACCACCUGUACACAGACCUCCAACACCAACUUAUAGUCCUCCAGCUUCACCACCACCUCGUUCUCCUCCGAUCAAGCCACCACCGAUACAACGACCACCAACACCAAUUUAUAGUCCCCCGACUUCACCACCACCACGUUCUCCUCCGAGAAGACCACCACCAACACAACGACCGCCAACACCAACUUACCAUCCUCCGACUUCACCACCACCACAUUCACCUCCAAUAAGACCACCACCUGUACAAAGACCUCCAACACCAACCUACAGACCUCCAUCUUCACCACCACCUCAUUCUCCUCCGAUAAGACCACCACCAACAUAUAGUCCCCCCAUAAGACCACCACCGAUACAAAGACCCCCGACACCAACUUAUAGUCCUCCGACUUCACCUCCACCUCAUUUACCUCCGGUAAGACCACCACCGGUACAAAGGCCUCCAACACCAACUUAUAGUCCCCCGACUUCACCUCCACCCCAUUUACCUCCGGUAAGACCACCACCAAUACAACGCCCACCAACACCAACUUAUAGUCCUCCCACUUCACCACCACCACAUUCUCCUCCAAUAAGACCACCACCAGUACAAAGACCUCCAACACCAACUUAUAGUCCCCCGACUUUACCUCCACCAACUUAUAUUCCUCCAACUUCACCACCACCUCGUUCUCCUCCCAUAAGGCCACCACCAGUUCAAAGACCUCCAACACCAACUUAUAGUCCUCCGACUUACCCACCACCUCGGUCUCCUCCCAUAAGACCACCACCAAUACAAAGACCUCCAACGCCAAUCUACAGUCCUCCAACUUCACCACCACCCCAUUCUCCUCCAAUAAGGCCACCGCCAGUACAACGACCUCCUACACCAACAUACCAGCCUCCAACACCAUUUCACCCACCACCACUCCUAUCUCCACCACCCAUUUCUCCUCCUAUAAGACCUACCCCUUCACCUCCACCAACACCAACUUACCAACCUCCAAGCUCUCCACCCCCAACACCUAGUUAUCAAUCACCUCCUUCACCAAUAUUUUCACCACCUCCACCUACUUUUUCACCGCCACCAACUUACUCACCACCAACACCUACUAUUCCACACCCUACCCCGCCGGCUCCAGUUGGUUAAUCCCCUCCACAAGGUUAUCAAACUCCUCCACCGUAUGCAUAUCAUACACAAUCUAUAGUAACAGACAACUAAGACAACUAUUUCGCUUCCCGCUGCAAAAGGGGUGUAUGUUAAAGCUUUAAGUAUCAUAUUAGCACAUGCACCAUCAUGCCAUGUAGUAAUGCAUGUUAUCCAAUCAAAUAAAUGAAGCUUUUAUGGUUAAUUCAAUAUUCA